GCAAAAAAAAAAGAAAAGAAGAGAGAGAGAGAGAGUGAGGGGAGUGCGCUUCAAGCAACGGUGCGGGCUUACAAAGUGUCCUUUUCGUGUUUCCGGUGAGGGGCAGCAGUUAGUCUCCUCCGCAAAACAUUCUCAAGUGGUCGUGGGUUGCUCCCCCCCCCCCCAAAAAAAAAGAAAUAAGAAGAAACAAAGUUGGAGCUUACAGGCGUGCUCGUGGCGGGACUUCUAUAACAUGUCGGGGAAUAAGGACACCGACGGCGGCUGGAGGGGCUUUCUGUGGAAUUCCGAGAGGAAGGAGUUUCUGGGGAGAACCGGCAGCAGUUGGUUCAAAAUCCUUUUGUUCUACGUCAUCUUCUACGGCUGCUUGGCGGCCUUCUUCGCCGGGACCAUUCAGGUGAUGAUGCUCACCUUGAGCAACUACAAGCCCACCUACCAGGACCGGGUGGCCCCCCCAGGUCUGUCACAUAUGCCACGCUCUUUUAAGUCCGAGAUAUCAUUCAACAUCAGCAACCCGACGUCGUAUGAGUUGUACGUGGCGAGCAUUAACAAGUUCCUCAUGCUCUACGAUGACGACCGCCAAACCGACCUGAUAAAAUACGAAAACUGCGGAGAUGAACCCGAGCCGUACCGCGAGCGCGGCAGCCUGGAGAGCGACCUGGGCCAGCGCAAGGCCUGCAGCUUCAGAAGGUCCUGGCUGCAAACCUGCUCAGGCAAACUCGACGGCACCUACGGCUUCCGGGACGGAGCCCCGUGCAUCAUCGUCAAACUCAACAGGAUCGUCAACUUCAGGCCCAGGGCUCCCGCCAGCGAUGACGUGUUGCCUGCGGAUCUUGUGAGCCGAGUAAAGCCCAACUCCCUGCCCAUUUUCUGUAAGAACAAGCGCGACGAGGACGCGGACAAGCUCGGCGAGAUCAAGUACUUCGGCUUCGAGGGAAGCUUCCCGCUGCAGUACUACCCGUACUACGGCCGGCUGCUGCACCCCAACUACCUUCAGCCCCUGGUGGCCAUCCAGUUCUUCAACGUAACGCUGGGCCAGGAGGUGCGCAUCGAGUGCAAGGUUUAUGGUGCCAACAUCAAGUACAGCGUGAAGGAUCGCUAUAUGGGACGAUUUGAGGUCAAGUUCAACAUCAACUCGUGACCUCCUCCGUAGGUCGGUCAGUCGGCGCGCAGUCGUCACGCCCCGCCCCCUUUUUGUCUUUUCUUUUGACAAGCAACUCUCCCAAAAACACAGAGCCAAUUGAGAUGAUAAAAGAAAAAUAAGGAAAAAAAAAAAAAAAACAACACUAUAGUCAUUCGUCUUU